UAGACAGCUAGCCCGAGCUAGUCGCCUGCUGAAGCCACAGCAGCCAGGGGAAAAAAGCAACCUGGAAUUUAUAGAGCGAAGAUUGCAAUCUGGUAAUGCGGAAAUAGAUGGACUUUUCAAGUCACCGAGUUGGCAUCCCGCUCCUGGACUGAAGACCUGAUAGUUAGCACCAGAGAAAAAGGAUUGCAAUUCAGUGACACAGUAUUCAACUAUUAUUUUAUAUUUCUUUAUAGUGGUUAUUGUGCGUAUUAUUUGGUUCCAGUGGCAUAUAGAGCGAUACUUUCUGGUGCACGGACAGACGCACGAGGAGUAUCUGAAUAAUAUUUUUUUGUUAACCGUUUAGACCUACCAUACACAAGUAGGAUUGUCUUUUUUUUCCUCCAGUGGAUCAAAGUAAAUUGUUUUCAAAUCGCGCAUCAACAUGGACGUGUUGGCGAAUUACAGUAUUUUUCAGGAACUCCAACUCGUGCAUGACACUGGCUAUUUCUCUGCGAUGCCUUCGCUGGAGGAGAACUGGCAGCAGACUUGUCUGGAGUUGGAGCGGUACCUGCAGACAGAGCCCAAGCGUCUAUCAGAGCUGUUUGACGAGGAGCUUGACUGUCUCCUGACGCCCACCUUCAUGCAGGGUACUGACAGUGACGAGGACCUGAUGGACCCACUGGACCCCCUCCUCCCCAACCUCCCCGACCAGCCCAGCCCCCCUCCCCUCCUUGUCUCCCUCCCCAAGGUCCUACAGGCCCCACAGCCCCACAACACCAAGGCCUCCGGAAAAGAGUCUGGAGCAAAGACCACCAAGGAGGGGGUCAACGCUGCCCAGCUGAGUGCCGUCACCUCUCUCACACCGCCCUCCUCGCCGGAGCUGGGCCGCCACCUGGUCAAGCCCAUGCAGACGCUCACUGCCACGGCCGACGGCACGCUCACGCUCAAAUUGGUGGCCAAGAAGGUUGGUCUGAACGCAGCCAAGCUGGUGGCCACACAUGCCACUCUACCCUCGCCGCCCAGUAGGGGGGGGCACAGCGACAGCGAGCAGGGGGCUGGGUCGCUGGGGGGAGAUAUCCCAGAGAACAAGAAGAGGGUCCAUCGCUGUCAGUUCAACGGCUGCAGGAAGGUUUACACCAAGAGUUCCCAUCUGAAGGCACACCAGAGGACACACACAGGUGAGAAACCGUACAAGUGCUCCUGGGAGGGCUGUGAGUGGCGUUUUGCCCGGAGCGAUGAGCUGACGAGGCACUACCGCAAACACACCGGGGCCAAGCCUUUCAAGUGUAACCACUGCGACAGGUGUUUCUCCAGGUCAGACCACUUGGCCCUGCACAUGAAGAGGCACAUCUAAGGGAGGAGGAGAGCGAGGAAGAAGAGAGGGAGAAGGAGAGAUAGGAGAGAAUAAGUAGGCAGGAUGGAAGACGAACCACACAGCAGCUUCGGCUCUCACCAUCCAGAGGCUGCCCCUGCCCGCAGAGACCCACCUGAGACCUGACACCAGGAGCAAAGCACUAUGGGAGAUGACACGCUGGAUGGACGGACGCCACGACUCCAGACGGACGGAUGGUCGGCGAGUACGGAUGGAGUGAUGGAGUGAAAGAGUCGAGGAGGAGCUUGUUUUUAAUUCACACUUCCAUGAUUCACACUUCUACUCAACAGUCUACAACAAACUCUCUUUUAUUGCAUCAUCCGAUUAGCCAUGCCUUGGGAACUCACACACUGCCAAACCAAUACGCUGAUCGAGUUACGACCCAUUUACACUCCACUGUUUCUUUUCUGUACAUUUAAACUACGGAGCGACUUGGGAAAGGAGAAUUAUUAACUGCUAUACUUUGACACGCCAAACGUCAGUGACUUGCAGAAGUAACAAUUGGCAUUCCAAACCAACAACAACUAUUGGCCAUUUUAUUCAGGUGUGCUGUUUCCCAAUCCCAUCCCAAUUUGUGUCUCUUGUAUAAGAACCCACAAACUGCAGCUAUAUGUCAAGCCUCAGCAAGCUAUACCGUGUGAAAUAACAACAAUGCCAAAAUAGCGAGACGAGGGAGACCAAUGGAACUAAUGGCCAAUCCGCCAGUGGCUCCCGCUGUCUGUGGGAGUAGGGUCUGACACUUCCAGAGCGUGAGCUCUGUGCUGUGGACCUCUCAGGCUCUCCUGUAGGAGGCGCUCUGCUCUUCUCUCUCAGCUUCACGCCUGCCAUCUCAGAGGCAACAACUAACAAAUGCGCAGCGACACUUUCUUGCCUUUGUUUUUUAAAGACAAUUAAUUAUUAUUAUUAUUAUUAUUAUUAGGAAUGAUGGUCUGUUUUCUUUCAGCUGACAUUUCUUAAAAAUUCACUGAAUGAAAAAAACUACAACAUUUUAGUACAAACGAGAAAGAAUGUGUACAUAUGGCAGGAAGGGAGGAACAUCGAACGAACCCACCCUGGCCCGUAUACACAGGCUAAACUCAGUACCUGCUAUUUAGCACUGACAGCUAAGGAGAUAAAAAUUAAAUUAAAAUAAAUCACAAGAAACUCUGAAAGAAAAAUGAUUUGAAUUGUUGGCCUGAAAUGAAUGAGAAGGACCUCUGUUUUCCACUCUGUUUUCCAAUCUGUGUUUUUCUCCUGUGCGAUCCUAAAAACAAACCUUGACGUGACCUUCGAGGCAUCAGCACCAAGCCAUGGCCAAAACAGAACAGAACAGAAAACUGGAAAUGGUAUUUUUGCUUUGUUUGUGUGGAUUCUGGAACUACACCAUUGAACCGUAGAACCCCCUAUCUCCUCCAGUAUGGUGGGGGAGGGGCCUGGGAGGCUGGUCUACUGUGACCACACCCCCUAUUUGGGAGACUAGGAACCUGAUAGGCUACUGGACAUGAACCUGGGACUAAAGACACCCAACUCUCUGGGUAGUAGAAAGGACAACAUGGCCUCAUCAGCCCAGAGAGACUUGCCUGUUUCGUAUCCACUGACUUUUUCAAUGUUAUCUGUGAUUUUUUUUCAUACAGUACACAAAAAAACGUUAAAAAAAAGAAUAUAAAAGGGAAAAAAACGGAUAAAAAA